GUCUAGGACCUCGAAACACGAGCGUCGUGACUCGGGUAUGAAUUGCGGGGAUAUGAACGCUGUCUAUGAGAUGAUGGUGAAAUCUCUUUGGCGUGAGAUUCGCUACAAACCGCCCAUCCAUACGAGGUGCCGUAUUCUCGUAGCUAUCUUCAUCUAGUUCGCUGAUUGUGUCAGUAGCGACGCAUUUCCAAUCCUCACGCAAGAACUCAUAGACCUUAUCAUCGAUUUCCUGUGGGACGAACCUGUACAGCUCGCCAGGUGCUGCCUCGUAUGCCGAGCUUGGUAUUGCAGCGCGAGGCAUCACCUUCGCCGGUAUACCAUCCGAAGUAGCAGGGAUUUGGGUGAUCUCGUAGAGAUACUAAUGUCCAAGCACAAUAAAUGCUAUGGAUGUGCGCUUGAUUCCCUGCGCAUCGAAGACCAUCCGGACAAGCCAUUUGCGCAUACCUUUCCAGUGCGGGUACCUGGACGUCUACUGUCCCAGUUGGAGAGCCUCAAAUUCUCGCAGCUCGAUUGGACAAGCACACGGCCUCACCUAUCCUUCUUCACUCAUCUCUCCUAUUUCUCGUCCGUCACUUGCUUGUCACUCAGGCGAUGUCGAUUACGCCGUGCCGACGAGAUCUGGAUGAUCACCCGUGCUCUACCUGGUCUGGAAGUCCUCCGUCUUCGCUCAAUUGCCGUCGAGUCUGCAGCCCUGGAUAGCACAUCACCACCUCGCUCCCCUAUUGCUGUCAACCAGAAGCUUCGUGAGAUACAACUCCGGGACUACGCUGGUUGUGAAUGUCCCCUGGGAAUGUGUGAUGGGCAGCACCUCUCUCCGAGUCUGCUCGACGUUCUCCCGUUCUACUCAACUGUGGACACUAUCUCCCUCCGGUGUACUGGUUUCCUCUCUGCUUCGGACUUCCAGUCAUUCGUCUAUGCGUUCCCGGCCCUUCGAAACAUGCAUAUAGACGGUGAUCUGCUGCCGGAAGACUUGGAGCCUCCGACUACCCCAGCCGACACGGUCGCACUGGCGACAGGCGUGAAUGCUGGUAAUUCAUGGGCCUUCGUCCGCCUGUCACAAGUAUCCUCGGCCUUUGCUUUCGUUUUCUUUGAGCUGUUUGCACAGCAGUGUUGCAAGCUUGAAGAGCUGCGCAUCGAUCUUCUGGAACCGCCCUCAUCCACAAUGAGUCAGACCAUCAGCCAAAUUCUACGAGUAUCCGGGCCGGCAUUGGGACAGUUUGAAUGGAAUCACCCCGGUUGGAUUGGUGCUUUCCUUCCGCAUCACGUUCCACACCGUCUUCCACCUUCGCUGACUGAUAACACCAGUCUGGGAGUUCUGACCAUGGACUUUAUUUCCACCUCGGCGCUGAACAUGAUAUGGGCCUAUGGAAGUCUCCUGAGCCUGUUCGCACAAAUUGGAAGUACACAUCUGCAAAGUGUGCAUGUUUACUUUCUAACCUUCCACGGUAUAGACGAUUCCGCAUGCGCGAUCACGGUGGAGGCCAUUGCAGCGUUUCAUGCCGCUCUCUCCCGUAACGUAUUUGCACGGUUGUCCUAUGCGGCUGUCACCAUCUCCUUCCGCGUCAGCAUCGGCUCGAACCAAGAACACGCUUCGAACUCCGUUGCAGAAACACUACACACGUCGUCGGCUACCGUCAAGUCCUUCCUCAUUCACCUCUUUAGUCCUUGGCUGGCUCGUGGAGUCAUGACGUUGGAACUGCCUGAUGGAUCGCGUAUCCAGGACCCAGGAGAACCCACUGAAUGAGAUAGAAUGUGUCGGAGGAUGUAUUGGGCGACCUCUCUCGCUGCACGCUCGGCUUUAUAGCGUCGAUCCUGCGAGCUAUAAAUGAGGAAAAGCAGGGGAUCCUAGAGCAUCGACGACAUUCGAACGCAGGCAUCAAUUUCUCGUUUCCGAGCCUACGCCCAUUCCGGUCGGUUUCGCUCCCAGAGCUCUGUUCGGACGAUAGGCACCGGAGUCCACGCUACAAACACCGUUCCACUCGGUCGAUCAUGUUCGUCUGUCUUUAGUUUUGUCGUCUACUGGUAGUUCCCGCCCGUACCAGUCUCGAACACACGCGUGACCAUGUCUCAUCCCUGACUCCACCUCGCGUUUGGCGAAACGGCUGUGCAGUGCCUAAUUCUCUCGAGUUCGGGUCCCCUCUCGUCGCAGUUAUGUAGUUUUC